GAACUGUUGCUGUAAAGCAUGUCGGAACUAAGUGGCACGUUGAAAAUCCUGACGAGCAUUUUUUGCUGUGACACAAAACGAAUUUGGAGCACUAGUACCAUAUCCGAGCUAGGUAAGUUGUAAUGGCAGAGACAACUGGUAUCGACUUAAACAGGAAGUUUGUGUCAGAAGCAGAGCUUGAUGAGAGGAGGAAGAAGAGACAGGAGGAAUGGGAGAAAGUUAGGAAACCUGAUGACCCAGAGGAGGCCCCAGAGGAGGAGUAUGACCCACGUUCCCUCUAUGAACGGCUACAGGAGCAGAAAGACAAGAAACAGGAGGAAUAUGAGGAACAAUUCAAAUUCAAGAACAUGGUGAGGGGAUUGGACGAGGAUGAGACCAGCUUCCUGGAUGAGGUCUCCCGGCAACAGAGCCUCGUGGAGAAGCAACGCAGAGAUGAGGAGAAGCAGGAACUGUUAGAAUACAGAAGCGCUCUAGUGAAGCAGGCAUCAUCUGAGAGCCGCAGAGAGCCUGAAAAAAAGGUGACACCUAAACAUUCAGGGUCAGAGCAAAGGACCAGUCACCUGUCUCAGGCCCACUUAUUGGUUGGAGCUGUCAAAAGACGCAGUUCUUCCCAGUCAUCAGACAGCAGUAAGAAACAGAAGGUGGAAAACACAACCACAGCAGCAGGGAAUGGAGACAGAGACACAGAACAGGAGGGAGGAGAAGGAGGAGGAGGAGGGGGAGCUGAAGAUCAACAAACAGUCCCCUGCCUCUCGGCAAACACUCCCUCGGCUCCCAUGCGCUCUGGUCAAGGCGUGUUACACCUGCCAUCAGCAGCCGUGUGCGUCGGCGUUUUACCAGGGCUCUGGGUGUAUUCUGGCAGCAGUGACUCUGACAGCAGCUCAGACAGCGAAGUUUAAGCCGAGCAACCAAUCCCGCACUGCCUGCCCUGACGACAUUCUGCCCCCCAUGCCCCCUUCCCAACCCAAGCCACAGCGACUGCAAGCUGUGAUAUUGGCUGAAGGAACAGUGACUGACAGCUGUGGAGCAAGGAAGAGACUGCUUUAGAUUGUGUCACAUGACUCACACCUUUUAGCCGUCAAUGGCAGAGGGGAGAGAGAGACAGGGCAGGACAAGCUUCUCUCUCUCUCUCUUUGGAUUAAAUGCAAAGUUUGAGUGGUUUGAAAAAUAAAGUUUUUUAUUUGUGUGCUGUAAUGUGAUUCUCAUCUGAAGUUUGAGACCAUGUCACAUUAUUGCUGGAAAGAUGCUGGACUGUUUGCUAGAGCAGUGUUUCAUCUGAGCAGAGAAAAAAUAAAGAGCGUUCUCUUGA